AUGUGUGUUGAGGCUUUUAGGGGUGCGGGGCAACUCCCAAACUACGUGGGGCCCUGGCCGGCCCUGGCCAGCCCUGCCGCCGAGCCAAGACCUUCUGAUCCCGCGCUGCGCUUGGCGGUCCCCAUAGGCCGGCAGCAAGUCUCGCUUCGCCUUGGACCGCUGUGUCCCCCAGGGCAAGGCCUGGACCAGGUUGCAGCGGUCUGUCCCCAGUCUGGAGAGCUGAGCUGCCUAGGACGCUUUCGCAGUCGCGGGGUCUUGUCUGGAGCGACGGGGCUUGAGCCAGAGUCCGAGACUGCCGCCACCGCCUGCGUCCCGUGCGCCUCCCGCCCAGGGGACCAGCUGCCUAACUUCUCGGGACAGAGACUGCGCUCGCGCCCAGGGCCGAGACAGACUACAUUCCACCCCUCAAGAUUCCAGAACAUUGGACAAGGAGUUGAGGGCCAUCUGGCUCCCACAGCCUCUUGUGCAGAGCAGCACCCAGUGCCCAGAGAGGUUGUCACCGAGACUUCCCUUUGGGAGGAGGGUCCCAGUAGCCCUCCAUGCUCCCCACAGGACCUUCUGAGGCUUCAAAGAGGAGGUGGUCCAGCCCCCACACCUGGAGAAGAGACUCGGGAGAACUACAGGCUGGACAGUGGCUGUGUGUCACCACUGGUUUCUCCAUCUGCCGCCCACUCCAGACCUGCCCCUCCCAGGAUCCUUUGCAGUGACAAACCGGAAUUAGCACCAGGGAGAUGCCCAAUAAACCUCUGUGAAAUGAGUAAAUCAGUGCAGUGUGGACUUACUGAAAACUCCUUGUUUAGGGAGAAUUUCAAGAUAUUUCCUUCUGCCCUUUUGCAUACCUGCAGCCGAGAGCAAGUGUCCACAACCGAGGCCACAGGUUCAGAGCUGUCGGAGCGGGCAGGUGCAGAGCCUGAAGUUCUCCAGAAGUUGUUUUGGUGCCAACACUUCGGGCUGUGCCAGGGUAGAAACACCAAUGAGCCAGGGCCACUCCACAAGGACUAG